AUGUGGAACGACCGAUUCCCUGUCGUCCCCGCGGAUUCCCUCAAAGACGCGGCGCCUGACGCUGCCCAGGAAGAAGGACAGGGUCUGACAAUUCACCGAUUCGACAAGGAGAAAGGCAAGGUUUUGCAGCCUGUCUCUGUAGAUACCAUAUGUGCAGAAGUAAGAACAAAGAAACGCGACUCAACAACAUGCACGCCGCUGUCGAAUUGA